UUUGACUAAGACCGCGUGUAAGAAGCGAUAACUGGCCAUCGUCCGAAGCGUCAACCACGAACCGACGUAAAUGGCACCGCAUAAAAGGAACGCCGCUACAAGUGGCAAGUCAUUCUCCAGCACCGAGUACUCUGGGUAGCCGCACAAGGCCUUACUCUGUGCAGGUUCAGAAUACUCCGCCGUGAUGGUUGCUUCUGCCUGGUACAUCCUGGUAUUCAUCGCCAUUCCAUGCCAGGCCUACUUGGACGACUGCGUCCGACUGGACCGCCUGUGGACUGGAUUCAGUCCGACGGACCAUCUCCAAACCAACCACUAUAUCAAACUCCGCGCAGCCCAAAACACAACGAACCCCGAAGCUUGUACAGGUGACCGUACGACUCAAAGUAAUAUUCACCUGUCUCCACUCAACGGCCGGGACACCGGGUUUCGAAGAUACGUAAGCCCUAGCAAGGGGAAGGGCGUACGGCUCCCUGAAGAUAACCAGAAUGUCAGGUCCGAAAAGACCGUUCAAAAUUAUCGCUCAAGCAGGUUAGAUACUCGCUACAAACUGGACUUCAACAGACAAGGUCGAUAUACCGAUGCGAGAAGAGUUGUCGCAAGCGAUACAGGUAGGGUCGUAUCGACCACGACACGUUACAGAAUGAGGUCUGAGCGACAAAGCGAAGAACGCUUAACUCGUUCUGUGGACUACAGAAGAGGCGGUGAAAACAGUGAUAGACGCAGCGAAAAGAGAAUGAACUUGCCUGCUGUGCGAGAAGUCCGGUCAGUUGGCCUUAGCACAGACGAACGUAACCGCAGACAGCACUACGAAAGGGACCGUGACCAUGUUCGGAAUAACCGUAACACAAGAUAUUAUCAACAUGAACCAGAAGAAAGCAAGGGGGUGAGCGAUUCUAGCAGGAGUAGGACGGAAGGUCGGACAACCGACGCCCGUGGUACUGGUGUAACAAGGACAGCGCGAGAUACAGAAUACCGUAGGGUGACUGAACGCAGAGCUUUUUCUACUGAAUCUAGUAAUAUUAUCGUAAGAGAUGCAAGUAGGACACGGACAGAAAGGCUUCAGGCUAGAGGUCAUGACAAUAACAAGCACACUGAAGUCCGCACGGCUGGGGGCCAUGAAGAAGCUAACGCUUUCAAUUCCGCAAGUGACGGUCGACAUGCCGAGGUCACGAGAAUGGUAGUCAGCAGGAACGCUAGAAGUAUUUCCGAAGAACAUGCUUCUGUCGAACGCCGUCAGACAACGCAGCGCAGAGAUGUUACCACCGACAAUAGGCUGAUUUUUGCUCCUAGUGGUUUCAACCUACGAAGAUUUACGGCCGCGGCUCCUUACCGAAACGCUGGAGGGACCACGGAACGCAAUGCGCGUUUGAUGCGGGAAUCUCGUCUUGCAGAAUCUCGAAGCCACAUAGCCGGACAAACCACUCAACGACAGGACGUGCGACGUACGCUCGCGGUAGGGUCCUUCGAAAGUCACCGCGGUGUUGACGUUACAAGGUUCACCCUUCUUCCUUCAAGGAGGGAGGAACGCAGGGAGGUCGCUAGGUAUUCUAAAACCAUGCCCCUCAACGACGAAGAAUACCAACCAAAAGCCGCACGAUCCACAAGAGACGAAUCUAGAGUUAGUGCAAGCAACAGACAAGGUGCCGCAGAGCAGGUACGACGCGCAGCGAGUCACAAUCGAGAGCUCAGUGGAAGGGACAACAGAGACAUCGCGACUCGACGGGUCAUUGCUCAGCUUGAUGAGCGAAGAGGAACAAACGCUGCUGAAAACAGACAUAGCUUCCAGAAUAGUCGAAGCCGAGAGGAGGAAGUGGAGCUCGUCCGAAGAGCUACAUGGGAUACUGAAUCACGACACAACUACCAGAGAACAAUCGCUGAGCCCAGAAGAAGCCGGUAUAUUGUAGACAUUGACGUUGCAGAUCACCAUUCAGGGAACCAGCGUAGGACGUUCCUAGCCGUUAGGUCAAUCACGGCUACAUCGCGGCGUCUGUCUCUCCGUGGUUCGCAGGCACGCGAUAAACGAGAGACAGUGUUCAGGAACGUUCAAAGAGACGUACGCUCCAGAGAAACACCCAGAUCUUCCAACAGUGGACCUCAACGACGUGUCGGAGAUCUUGACCGUCGUGAUGAUAUUAGAAGAUACCGAAACAGGGAAGACGAUGGAGUUUCAAGGCUUGGAGUGGACGCUCGCGUGAGGCAGGCCGAAAGGUAUCAGGACGUUUCCAGGAGAAUCAUAACCGCCACUUCCGUACCACCCGUUGACGUGGACUCUCGAAGAGUUUCUCAAAUCCGAAAUCACGACGGCCACGGUAAUAUCCGGCUUCUUCAAACGAGGUCAGGGAUAAGGAACAGGGAAUUAGAUCGGUCUUCAAAACCCGUACGGGAAGCUCGUCUCGCACGCAUUGAAGCUCGAGAUGCUGGAAUCCAACGGGACAACCCGGUCAGUCUUCGAAGAACAGAUCGAGACACGGCGUCACGCAUAUCAGGCAACAAAGAUGAACGUGUGAACGUCCGAAGCACCCGGCGCUUUGACAGAGUUCGAGAAGUCGUGCAGCAUGCCGCGAACGAAAGGGAAGAUGGUUCCCUAGACAACAGGAGACGAGAUUCUCACAUACCGUUCACCACAAAUAGCUUCGACGUUAGAAUCAGAGGACACCGUUUGGAUGGGCUGUCGGGGCGCGCCAUCGACAUUAGGAGACACGCACAGGGGACUUUCCCGUCCGAAACUCGCCCCACGUCUUUUCUUCGGGAUGCUCGUAACACAGAAUCACGUAGACACACGCCGAAUGAAGUACGCCGGCUUCCAGAAGCUAAGCGGAGAAUCACUCAACAGCGUGGUAACGUAAGGGAUGUGGAAAAUCUUCCUAGGGGAACACGUCACGAUGGACGGCAGGCUGUUGAGCGCAGGCUCAGCAGCACAUUGGACAGAUCGCGGAGUGCGCUUUCUGUUACGGACGCCCCUAUCCGAAAGAACAUCGCUGCCAUGGCACCGAUGCUGGCCGUUGACAGAAGCAAGGGUCUUGAAGCCUCAAGGAUAAGCGAUGAACGCAAGAGGUUUGCGCUCUACAACAUGGGAGAGGACGACUUGUCCCUUUGGGACCUGACAGACCGAAGGCACAGACCAUAUAGCAUGAAGGAAAACCAUGACUUCCCAUACGCCAAGCAACAAGCAACCAAGUACAACCUUGACUGGAUCUCCGGUUUCUACUCAAGCUUCACUACUGAAUCGUGCAUGAGAACCGUAGUCUCUGUCGGCGCUGCAGCUGCUAUCCUCUGGUCUUCCAUGAACCCCAAGGCUACGAUCGCUUAAAGGAGUACAGAGGGCCAUCCAAAAAAAUUUCAGAUUAAGACAUCUGAUGAAAGUGUGUGUGUCAUUAUACCGAAUAGCGCGAAAGGCUUUGAUGUGUGCAAUUUGUUUCCCAGAAAAAAACUCGCAUAAACAUAGCUCCGCGCCUUCACCCUUAACUCGCCACUCCAGCUCAAACGAGGAUGAGGAGGUAUGAUCCCACGUCACCGAUGACGGCAUAAGGGACUCGUUCUGGUUUGCCGGUCAGUGGGGGUCAGCGCAUUGUCCCUUUGCCGCCGUAAACCUGUUUUGCCAGUUUUCCAGAGAAUUGGGGAUAGAAGGAGCGGCCGAAGCAUUACCGAGCAAGGAGAAAGGCUUUAUCAGAACCCCGAACAGCCGAGUAGCAGACGACAGCGGAGUAGCAGACAACAUUUCUCUAGGCCAAUCAGCGAGCGUUCUCCUUAUAGCGUCAGCGCGAGGUUCCAGGCAGAUCACAGGCUGGUACUGCUCUUCACCACCGUUGCGCACGGUCGCUUUCUGCGGCGUAUUUUAAAUUCAAUUUAUGCGAUAAUUAUAACUCUGUGGUGUAAAUUACUUCGCAUGGUGCAUCUUACUGGCAAACUUAACAGUUUUAUAGGAAGAAAACAGGGUGUUAAAAAUGACUUCUGUGCUACUUUAAAUCCACCGCGGCCGACCUCAUCAUCCCGCUGAGUAAAACCCUGUCCAGUAGAAGACCUCUAGAGAACCUUCCCUGCUUGUUCUCCAUGCCAUCUUGCCCAUAUGUGUAACACAGACCAGCUAAGAUGUAUAUUUCCUGAAUAAAACCAGAAUCACCAGCAU